AGAGGAGGCUCUCGGCUUCCGCGCGAUGGAAAACUCGACUGUCAGCAGCCGGCUGAGGACUGCGCUCUUCAGUCACGAUGAUGAGCACUUCCCUAAGGAAGACUCGGAGGACUCGGAGCUGGAGCACAUCAUGGGACAUCACCCGCUGGCCCACCACGGGCCCCAUAGGGCUGAUAGUGAGGGCGAGGGUCACAGCAGACCCCACACCCCAGGGAUGCCCUCCUUCCUGAGGCCCGCGGCGGCGCUCAGGGGCCCCGGAGACACAGAGCACGAGUCCAGAUGCGGGGCUCAGCGGGGCCGAGUGGACUUUAGCCUGGCGUCUUCCAUCAGCCCAUCCAGGCCUAAGAGCCCCUGGGGCUGCUAUGACCCCUAUGACUCGACUGAGGACCAUGACAAGGAGUAUGUGGGCUUUGCGACUUUGCCAAACCAGGUUCACCGCAAAUCUGUGAAGAAGGGCUUUGACUUCACUUUAAUGGUAGCAGGAGAGUCAGGUUUGGGAAAGUCCACCCUGGUCAACAGUCUGUUCCUAACAGAUCUCUACAAAGACAGAAAUCUGCUCAAUGCUGAAGAGAGGAUCACUCAGACGGUGGAGAUCACCAAACACACGGUGGACAUCGAGGAGAAGGGCGUCAAGCUGAAGCUCACUAUCGUGGACACACCAGGAUUCGGGGACGCCGUCAAUAACACUGAAUGCUGGAAGUCGGUGGCAGACUACAUCGACCAGCAGUUUGAGCAGUACUUCAGGGACGAGAGCGGACUGAACCGCAAGAACAUCCAGGAUAACCGCGUGCACUGCUGCCUGUACUUCAUCUCGCCCUUCGGUCACGGGUUACGGCCUCUGGAUGUGGAGUUUAUGAAGGCUCUUCAUGAGAAGGUCAACAUUGUUCCUGUACUAGCUAAAGCUGACACGCUCACCCCAGCGGAGGUCAAGAAGAAGAAAAUCAAGAUCCGAGAGGAGAUCGAGCAGUACGGAAUAAAGAUCUACCAGUUUCCAGACUGUGAUUCAGACGAGGAUGAGGACUUCAAACAGCAAGACCAAGAGCUCAAGGACAGCAUUCCCUUCGCUGUGAUCGGCAGUAACACAGUAGUGGAAGCCAAAGGCAAGAGGGUUCGAGGACGUCUGUACCCCUGGGGAAUUGUAGAAGUGGAGAACCCCGCGCACUGUGACUUCGUGAAGCUGAGGAACAUGUUGGUCCGAUCACACAUGCAGGAUCUGAAGGACGUGACCCGGGAAACACACUACGAGAACUACCGAGCGCACUGCAUCCAGAGCAUGACCCGCAUGGUGGUGAAGGAGCGCAACCGCAACAAACUGACCAGGGAGAGCGGCACCGACUUCCCCAUUCCCAUGGUGCCCGGCGCCACCGACACCGAGACAGAGAAGCUGAUCCGUGAGAAAGACGAGGAGGUACGGCAUUCUCCCAGCCGAGAGCCACACGAGCAAACGCAGCAUCACGAGCAGCAUUCGGAGCCAGAGGAUCCUCACUUAGAGCCCCCACCCAGCGCCGACCCUCACUCCAAAGGGUCCUAGCUGCGGCUCAUAUGUAGUCCAUCACUGUAUUUAAG